AUGAUACUCCAAAACCAUCUCGAACAUGGUGUCCGCGUUAAAGUGGGCCACCACUUUGGAACGGUUCGCUACGUGGGCGAGGUACCAAACACGGAAGGCGACUGGAUUGGCAUCGAAUGGGAUGAUCCUGAACGGGGUAAACACUCGGGCACGGUCAACGGUGUGCAGUAUUUCCAGACAAGCGCACCGACGGCAGGUUCGAUGAUACGCAGUGAGAAGCUCACCAAAUUCCAAACACUCGAGCAAGCCAUCACAGAGAAGUACACCAUGACAGAAGAUACGCUACGGCUGGAUUCGGAGAUGAUCCGUGCGGUACAGAAGCAACUCCAUGCACCGUUGUUUGAGAUUGUUGGCAUGGAGAAGGUGGGAGGAAAACAAAGCAAUUUGCAGCAGCUGGUGGACGUUUCCGUGCGCUACUGUCCGGUAAAUGUGGCUGGAGAUCUGAGCAGUUUCGUUAAUCUGCAGAUGCUCGACGUGUCCGCGACGCUCCUGUGGAACUGGACCGUCGUUGCGAAUAUUGCCGAACAGAUACCGACACUGCAGGAGCUGAAUUUAUCGAACAACCGUUUCGUUGACCCGUAUGAAGAGCAGAUCAGUAUGUUGGCGCAGAAAUUUCAAAACAUUCGCAAAAUCAUUCUCAGAAGCUGUGCGCUCCGGUCGUGGAGUGAAUUAGUCCGCUUGGCACGAAUGUGGCCCGCAAUUGAAUAUCUUUCCUUGGAGCAAAACGACAUCGGGUACAUCGAGGACGAAGCCCCCUACAUCGUGGCGCUUAGUCGUCUGAAGCAUCUCGAUCUGCAAAACAACUCGGUACGGGAUGUGGAAUCGGUGCGCAAUCUUGGUAAACUGCCAGCUCUCGAAGAGCUGCUACUGAACGGGAACGGUAUCCGCGAGGUACGGUUCACGGACUGUCCACACAACGAGAAGGUGGAUUUGUUCCGGCAGUUGCGCACAAUCUACCUGCGGGACAACCCACUGCAGGAUCAGUGCAGUACGUUUAACGAACUGGACAAGUUGGCCCGCCUGGAGCACGUUACACUCGAUCCGGAUCCUGCCGUAAGCUAUGAGGAAACGGUAGCAAGAAUCGUCGGAUCGAUCGGUGGUUUACGCAUGUUCAAUCGUUCCACGAUCAGCGAAAAGUUACGCCGCGAUUCCGAGUGCGACAUGUGGAAACUGUACGCGAACCAGUGGGCGGAAGUACGCAACGAUGCACAGCGAUUGAAGGCGUUCUUCAAAGCGCAUCGCAUGUAUCCGCGUGUGAUGGAGCGGUUGGGCAGUCCGGAGCAAUUUCUGCCCGAUACGCGCAAGGUAACGAACAUGAUCCAUCUGCAGCUGCUGAACGAAAAGACGGUCGAACUGCGGGAAAAGAAAGUCCCGAAACGGAUCAAUUUGCACACGCUCCAGAAUCUGAUAGUGAAGCUGUUCGGUUUGCCGGACUGUACGUCCUCGUUACGGUUGUACCUGCUGGACAGGAAGCGUAAGGUGCGAAUACCGCUGGAAAACCAUGGCAAAAGUUUGGACUUUUAUUCGGUUGAGGAUAACGAUACGAUCGUGUUCGAAUAA